AAUAUUUGAUCUGUGUCACCCUAACGUUUGUGUUUACUACAACACGUGAAAGAAAGUUUUGUCCGAAUUUGUCACUCUGAAAUAUUAUAUGACCUGAGGAAAUUGCAAUGGAUUCAGAUGAAUCUUUUUCUGGAGUGGAAAGUUCUGAUUCAGAUGAAGAGUUACAAGAGGCAUUUGCUGCUGGAAAGUUGAAACCAGGCUUGAACCUUGAAUUACCAGCAUCAUCAAAAACUAUAAACAACACGGCAGGCUUGAAACAAAAGUUAUUGGCAAUAAAGAAAGAUCUUCCAUGGGUGGAACAUUUAGAUGUGACCAGUAAACCAGCAGCAACCCACAAAGACCUCAUUAGUCAGGGUGAAAUAGAUGUCCAUGAUGACUUCAAACGAGAACUACGAUUCUAUUGUCAAGCACAGGCGACUGUUCUGGAAGCUAUACCCAGACUCCACAGUAUGAACUUGCCUACCAAGAGACCGGAAGACUACUUUGCACAGAUGGCUAAAUCUGAUGACCAUAUGAAACGUGUAAGAGAAAAGUUAUUAGAAAAGCAAACAGCCAUGGACAGAUCUGAAAAAGCAAAGAAACUGAGAGAACUUCGAAAAUAUGGUAAAAAGGUCCAAGUUGAAGUUCUUCAGAAACGACAGAAGGAGAAGAAGGAUAUGCUUGAUGCUGUUAAAAAGUACCGCAAGGGACAGAAAGAUAAACUGGAUUUCUUAGACGAUCUGCCAGGGGAGUCAAAAAAUAAGGGAAACAAGAAUAGCACAGAUAAAUUUAGACCAAAUAAAAAAAGAGAGUUUAAAAACAAGAAAUUUGGAUUUGGAGGACAGAAGAAAAGAUCAAAACUUAAUACAAAGAACAGUGCUGUAGAUAUGUCUAGCUUCAACCCCAAAAUAAACCAGAAGAAACCAGGAAAACCUAAACCAGGCAACAAAAAUAAGAGACCAGGGAAAUCACGGAGACAGAAAGCCAGAAGUAAAAAGAAAUGAAGGACAAUAAUUUAGGCAUCUGUUACUGUAAAUGGAAGUUCGAUUUUUGUUUUGGAAAGAAAAAGUUCUGGUGCUGCUUAAAAACCUAUUCCAAUAUCAAAGACCUUGCAUAUUGUAUAUAUGAUGAAAAAGACUGACUUGAAAUAUUUUUACAUCAUUUUUUAUCAGAUUGAACAAGCUGAUAGAGAUAACUAUCAGUUCAAUAAUGCAUUAUCUCUGGCAAGAUCUUGUUUACAAGUUUACAGUUAUCUCAAUAAAAAUUCAAAAAGUA